AUGGACUCGGUGCGCAUCCUGCUCUACUCUCUCAUCUUCCUGCUCAGCGUCUUUGGCAACCUUCUGAUCAUUGUGGUCCUGACGGUCAACAAGCGCAUGCGCACGGUCACUAACUCCUUCUUGCUGUCGCUGGCGGUCAGUGACCUGAUGUUGGCUGUCUUCUGCAUGCCCUUCACGCUCAUCCCAAACCUGCUGGAGGACUUCAUCUUCGGAGCCGCCAUGUGUAAAAUGGUCACCUACUUCAUGGCGCUCUCCGUCAGCAUCUCCACCUUCAGCCUGGUCGCCAUUGCGACCGAGAGGUACAGCGCUAUCUGCAACCCGCUGAAGUCGCGGGCAUGGCAGACUCGUUCCCACGCCUACCGGGUCAUCGCUGCCAUCUGGGUGUUGUCGUUGGUCAUGAUGGUGCCCUACCCAGUGUUCAGCCACCUGAAGUCCUUCCCCAAACCCGACCGAACUACGGGCCACAUGUGCCGCCUGGAAUGGCCAAGCGGUGGGGUAGAACAGACGUGGUACAUGCUGUUGCUUUUAAUCUUGUUCUUCAUCCCUGGGGUGGUAAUGAUCGUUGCCUAUGGACUCAUCUCCAGAGAGCUGUGCCGGGGGAUGAAGUUUGAGCUGGACCAAAACAGAGAGAGCAGUGCACUGAAGAACGGAGUAAACACCACAGUGACCAACGACACGGACGAUGAUGGCUGCUACAUCCAGAUGCCGAAGAAGCCACCGUCCAUGGAGCUGUCUACCCUCACCACCCCUACUCCGGCCCCUCCCAAACCCAGAGUGUCCACUGAGCACCCUCGAAGCAAUAGCUCGGAGGCUAAACUCUUGGCCAAGAAGCGCGUGAUCCGCAUGCUCAUCGUCACUGCCGUCCUCUUCUUCCUCUGCUGGAUGCCCCUGUACACGGCCAACACGUGGAAGGCUUUCCACAUCAGCUCAGCCCACCGGCUCCUCUCGGGGGCACCCAUCUCGUUCAUCCACCUGUUGAGCUACACAUCGGCGUGCGUUAACCCCGUUAUCUAUUGUUUUAUGAAUACACGCUUCCGCAAGGCGUUGAUCACCACCUUUGCCCACUGCCGUCCGCCCUGCUGUCGGCGCCGCCGGGGGAGGCGGGGCGGCAGGGAUGAUGAGAUGACAGUGACAGGGACUAUUGGUCCUUCGUCCAUGUCCAAGAUCAGCUAUACCACAGUGAGCACCGCGGGGACCUACUGAUUAUUUGUGAAGGGGAAUA